CUUGCACGUGAUCUACUUCACCCAUCUCUGGCUGAAGAGAAGAGGAAAUGUAAGCUUAAGAGGUUGGUUCCAUCGCCCAACUCUUACUUCAUGGACGUCAAGUGCGGCGUCUCUCCGGAAAUCCGACCCAUGAUUUUUCGAACGAGAGUAACCAGUUCGCCACACUGUUCCUCCACGCAGCUGGGUGCCUUCGCGGCUGCUGGCUAUUUUGCAAAGGCAACUGACAACCAUCACUUGUCCCAGAUUGAUCCCACUCGGUGA